UUCCAUUUCAUUUGUCCUAAAAACAAAUCAACACAAUUUUUUUCAUAAUCAAAACCCUAAUUUUCCAUCCUGCCACUAAAACCCUAGCCGCCAUGGCCGCCGUGGUGUGUCGUCUGAGAGCAGCACUCCGAUCAGGACAAAUCAGCCGCCGGAUGUACGGAUCUGCGGCUCAGCUGCAGUACGAUUACGAAGAGGAUUAUAAUCACUAUGAUAGCCAAUCAGAAAUGGAGGAUUCUUUAGGGUCGGUUUCGGGUCGGGGCGUACAGUGGGUUGUAAUUGGGGAUCCGUUUACAAAUAGACAAAUUUAUGCUGAAAAGCUUUCAAGGCUUCUUAAAGUACCACAUAUUUCCAUGGGUACACUUGUUCGUCAAGAAUUGCAUCCUCGUUCUUCUUUAUACAAAAAGAUUGCGGAUGCUGUGAAUCAAGGCAAGCUUGUGCCGGAGGAAGUGAUAUUUGGUUUGUUAUCGAAGAGGCUGGAAGAAGGUUUCUACAGGGGUGAAACCGGGUUCAUUUUAGAUGGAAUUCCUCGAUCAAGAAUGCAAGCCGAGAUUCUUGAUCAAGUUGUGGAUAUAGACUUGGUUUUAAAUUUCAAAUGCACGGAAGAGUCUUUGCAGAAGAAGCUUACGGGAUAUCAGGCUUGUGGUUCUUACCAAGAUAUUCUUAGUGGGCGCAACUUGAUGAACAAACAAUUAGAGGAUUACUAUAAGAAACAACAAAAACUUCUAAACUUCAAUGUGGCUGGUGCACCUGGAGAGACAUGGCAGGGACUUUUGGCCGCCCUUCAUCUUCAGCAUGUGAAUGCUCUCAGCUCUACACAGAAGUUGAGUAUAUAAAUCUUGAACUUUUGGCCUUUUUGACCGCUUUAUGCAUGGAAAAACAAUAUAUAUAAGUAUUGCGAGUGUAAUAUAGUAUCGUGGAUUUAGCAUUUGCUAAUAUACGCCGAGUUUAAAUUUUCAAGAGAAUAAUUUUCUUGUCCAUUAUACUCACACCCGAGUGUUAUCGUAUUUUUGUAUUGUCUAAUGUAGUCUCAAGACAUUACCGAUGAGCAUCUUGUCGGUUUAUCAAUUUUGUGUCUUACAUAAAUCAAGUUUGCCUUUUUUAAUUACAAA